GCGGAAGUGCCGUGCAGGGGGUAUCGUGGGGUGGGCGGGAGGCGGAGGGGUAGGCGAUGUCGGCGAAGCGGAAAGCGGAGGCGCUGAUCCCGGCGGAGGAGAGCGACCAGCUGCUCAUCCGGCCCCUGGGUGCUGGCCAAGAAGUAGGAAGGUCAUGCAUUAUCCUGGAAUUUAAAGGAAGAAAAAUAAUGCUUGAUUGUGGAAUCCAUCCUGGACUGGAAGGAAUGGAUGCUCUUCCUUACAUUGAUUUGAUAGAUCCUGCUGAGAUUGAUCUUCUCCUAAUUAGUCAUUUCCAUUUAGAUCACUGUGGGGCUUUACCAUGGUUUUUGCAGAAAACAAGUUUUAAAGGAAGGACGUUUAUGACUCAUGCCACAAAAGCUAUUUAUAGAUGGCUGCUUUCAGACUAUGUCAAAGUCAGUAAUAUAUCAGCGGAUGACAUGCUAUAUACAGAAACAGACCUUGAAGAAAGCAUGGACAAGAUUGAGACCAUCAACUUCCAUGAAGUGAAAGAGGUGGCAGGAAUCAAAUUCUGGUGUUACCACGCCGGCCACGUUCUGGGAGCAGCCAUGUUUAUGAUUGAAAUAGCUGGUGUGAAGCUUUUAUAUACAGGUGAUUUCUCAAGACAAGAAGACAGACAUCUGAUGGCAGCUGAGAUUCCCAAUAUCAAACCCGAUAUUCUUAUAAUUGAAUCCACGUACGGUACUCACAUUCAUGAAAAAAGGGAAGAGCGAGAGGCCCGAUUCUGUAAUACUGUUCACGACAUUGUAAAUAGAGGAGGUAGAGGCCUUAUUCCUGUGUUUGCCCUGGGUCGAGCUCAAGAACUACUUUUAAUUUUAGAUGAAUACUGGCAAAAUCACCCUGAACUCCAUGAUAUCCCUAUAUACUAUGCCUCCUCUUUGGCAAAGAAAUGUAUGGCUGUUUAUCAAACGUACGUCAAUGCCAUGAAUGACAAAAUCCGCAAGCAAAUUAACAUCAACAAUCCAUUUGUUUUCAAGCAUAUUAGUAAUCUGAAGAGUAUGGAUCAUUUUGACGAUAUUGGCCCAAGUGUUGUGAUGGCUUCCCCAGGUAUGAUGCAGAGUGGCUUAUCCAGAGAGUUGUUUGAGAGCUGGUGCACGGAUAAGAGAAACGGAGUAAUUAUAGCAGGGUACUGUGUUGAAGGAACGCUUGCUAAGCACAUCAUGUCUGAACCUGAAGAGAUCACAACCAUGUCAGGUCAAAAACUACCGCUGAAGAUGUCUGUGGAUUACAUUUCUUUCUCUGCUCACACAGAUUACCAACAAACCAGUGAAUUUAUCCGGGCCUUGAAACCUCCACACGUGAUAUUAGUUCAUGGUGAACAGAAUGAAAUGGCCAGGUUGAAAGCAGCAUUGAUACGGGAAUAUGAGGAUAAUGAUGAAGUUCAUAUCGAGGUUCAUAAUCCUAGGAAUACUGAAGCUGUGACAUUAAACUUCAGAGGAGAGAAACUUGCCAAGGUGAUGGGAUCUUUAGCAGAUAAGAAACCAGAGCAAGGACAGAGAAUUUCUGGAAUCCUAGUUAAAAGAAAUUUUAACUAUCACAUUCUUUCUCCGUGUGACCUCUCCAAUUAUACAGACUUGGCGAUGAGCACUGUAACACAGACACAAGCCAUUCCAUAUACCGGCCCUUUUAAUCUGCUUUAUUAUCAGCUGCAAAAACUUACUGGUGAUGUAGAAGAAAUAGAAAUUCAACAAAAACCAGCCCUGAAGGUUUUCAGAAAUAUUACUGUGAUCCAGGAACCAGGCAUGGUAGUCCUUGAGUGGGUGGCAAAUCCUGCAAAUGAUAUGUAUGCAGACACUGUGACAACAGUGAUACUGGAAGUUCAGUCAAAUCCCAAAAUACAGAAAGCUGCAGUACAUAAAAUUUCCAAGAAAGUAGAUAUGGAUGUGUACAGGAAGAGAAUGGAGAUCAUGCUGCAGGAUAUGUUUGGAGAAGACUGUGUGAGUUCAAAAGAUGGCUCUGUCUUGAGUGUCACGGUUGAUGGGAAGACUGCAAACAUUUCACUGGACACUCGGACAGUUGACUGUGAGCCGGGAAGUGAAGAUGACGAAUCCCUUCGUGAAAUGCUGGAACUGGCUGCACAGAGGCUUUACGAUGCCCUCAGCCCAGUACACUGACCUCUGUAGAUACCUUGGGCACAUCAGAGAUCUUUUAGAUGUUCAAUUUAUUUGGAUUAUUUUUUAAGAGUUAAAUAAAUGGGGUUUUUUUCUUUCAGUAAGUCAAACGUAUCAAUUGUGUGACUCUGAAACUGCUGAGUUAUUUCAAAUAAUGGACGAGCAGCAUUAUAGCGACUAUAUUUGUGCAUAUACAUCAUAAUAAAAUCAGGCAAAGUCUCCAAAUGUUCUUUUUCUUAUGUGCACAUACAAGAAAUAAGAAAAAAUUCUUAACCUAGAAUGUAUAAUGACAGAAAUUAAAUUUUGUAAUUUUAAAGAUUUUUAUAUGUUAUAGAUUUAUAUUUUUUAAGAUUUUUUUUUCCAGUUGGUAGAAGCUGGAUGGAAGUGCUUGAGAGCAGCCCUGAAGAGAAGGACUUGUGAGUGGUGGCUGAGGAGAAGCUCAACAUGAGCCAGCAGUGUGCGCUUGCAGCCCAGAAAGCCAAUUGUAUCCUGGGUUGCAUCAAAAGAAGUGUGACCAGCAGUCGAGGGAGGUGAUUCUCCCCCUCUACUCUGUUCUCUUGAGACCCCCUUGGAGUUCUGUGCCCAGUUUUUGAAUCUUCAGUGGAGGAAGGACAUGGAUCUGUUGGAGCAAGUCCAGAGGAGGCCACGAAGAUGAUCCAAGCACUGGAGCACCUCCCAUGCAAAGACAGACUGAGAGACUUGGGCUUGUGUUAGACUAGAGAAGGCUGCAAGGAGAACUUAGAGUGGCCUCCAGUACUGAAAGGGGCUCCAGGGAAGCUGGGCAGGGCUCUUGAUCAGGGAGUGCAGGGAUAGGAUGAGGGGGAAUGGUUUUAAGCUGGAAGAGGGGAGAUUGAGAUGAGAUAUUUGGAAGAAGUUUUUUACUGAAGUUUUUUAUAGAAGCCUGCAACUCCUUCACUCUGAAGUAAAAGCUUAGAUGCAAAAUAUUAGAUCUUAGGAAGAAAUUGUUUCCUGUGGGGGUGGUGAAGCCCAGUUCCAGGUAGCCCAGAGAAGUGGUGGCUGCCCAAUCCCUUAAGGGGUUCAAGGCCAGGUUGGAUGGGGCUUUAAGCAACCUGAUCCUGCGGGAGGGGUGUCUGCUCAUGGCAAGGGAUUGGAAUCGGAUGGGCUUUGAUGUCCCUUCCAACUCAAACCAUUCUAUGGUUCUGUGAAAGAUUUCUACAAAAGAAGAUGUCUCUUGUACACGACUUCCCCCCACCUUUUCUCAGCUGA